GCCGUGUGCCAAUAUAUAUUUGUGGGUAUUUUUUAGCAUUACAACAAAAAUAUGAUAAAUAUGGAAGAAAAUAAUUUUGCUAAGCUAGGGGGAUCUUUGCCUGUACCAAGUGUUCAACAACUGGCCAAAGGCUCACCGGAAAAUGUCCCGGCGCGUUACCUCAGAGAUGAUGAUCAUCUACUUCUUGUUCCUCCGAUGAUGAAAUUUGAUCAUUAUAAUAUCCCAAUCAUCAACAUGGAAAGCUUGCUUCGUGGCGAUGAAUUCGAAUUCAACAAGCUUGAUUCUGCUUGCAGAGAAUGGGGAUUUUUUCAGGUGAUAAAUCAUGGAGUGAGUGGUACACUAGUAGAGAAAGUGAAGAAGGAUACUCAAGAUUUCUUCAACCUCCCACUAGAAGAAAAGGAAAUGUUGAAACAAGUGGAUGGUGAUAUGGAUGGUUAUGGACAAGCUUUUGUUGUUUCUGAGGACCAAAAACUUGAUUGGGCUGAUAUGUUUUUCUUGACAACUCUCCCUUCUCAAUUCAGAAAACAACAUAUCUUCCCCCACCUCCCUCAACCAUUCAGAGGAACAGUGGAACUAUAUGCAGUUGAACUGAAAAAACUGGCUUUAAAGAUGAUUGAUUUUCUAGCAAAAGCAUUGAAUAUGGAUGAAGAAUACAUAAUGGAACUGUUUGAAGAAGGGAUGCAAUCAAUGAGGAUGAAUUACUAUCCGCCAUGUCCACAACCAGACAAAGUGAUAGGACUUACUCCUCAUUCAGAUGCUGUUGGCCUCACUAUUCUCCUUCAACUAAACCAAAUGGAAGGACUUCAAAUCAAGAAAGAUGGCAUGUGGAUUCCUAUUAGUCCUCUUCCUGAUGCCUUCGUUAUCAACAUUGGUGAUAUCAUGGAGAUAGUGACAAAUGGAGCCUACCGUAGCAUUGAGCACAGGGCAGUGGUUAACAGCGAAAAGGAAAGACUAUCAAUUGCAACAUUUUACAGCACAAAACUUGAUGGACGAAUUGGUCCUGCUCCGAGUAUCAUUUCUGCUGAAAAUCCAGCAAAGUUCAGAAGUAUUGGAGCUAUAGAUUAUUUCAGAGGUUUAUUUGCUCGUAAACUUGAUAAGAAAUCAUACUUAGAUGCUAUGAGAAUUGGAAAUUCUGAAAAUCCAGUAAGUUGAAACGCGACAGUAUUGGACCUAUGUAUCCUCUAAUAAUUGUGACACUAUGUAUUUUUCUUCAGAAGUUGUGUUUCAUCAACAUUCAGUUACUAGUUUGAUGUUAUAAUCCGACAAAGAGGCCAUGAUCGACA